UGCCGUUCUCCUUCACAAUGGACGGAUCCGGCUUCUUUGGGCUUCGGAUUAAUGUGGAUGCUCCACGUAAACCAUCUACAGAUGAAAUAAAAGCCGUUUGCACCAAUACUUCCUUUCAAGUUCUUAAGAUACCUCUGUAAAUCUUUCUGGUGGUGAGUGCCUGGCUUGGGGGCGGGGUGGACAUGGGGUGUGGGGCGGGUGCCCCCGGCGGGCGCACGGAGCCGGGAGUGGAGGGUUCACUGCGCUGCGAUCUCACCAAAAGUCUUCCAAAAUGCCAAUCCGCUGUUUGAGGCGACAAUGUUUCUGGGCGUCGGGGCCUUGUCUCUCCUGGCAUUUGUCUGAAAUGGAACUGUCUGUCUAACCUAGGCCUGGACGCACCCUGCCUGGUGAACUCUCCACUCCUCGCCGGGACAACUCCCAGACAAGCCAUCCAGGAUUAUGGAGUUUCUGAGCGAGAAGUUUGCCCUUAAGAGUCCGCCAAGUAAAACGAGUGACUUCUACAUGGGCACAGGCGGCGCGUUGGAGCACGUUAUGGAGACGCUGGACAAUGAGUCCUUUUACAGCAAAGCGUCGGCCGGCAAAUGCGUGCAGGCCUUCGGGCCGCUGCCGAGAGCGGAGCAUCACGUGCGCCUGGAGAGGACCUCGCCCUGUCAGGACAACAGUGUGAACUAUGGGAUCACCAAAGUAGAGGGACAGCCUCUUCACACCGAAUUGAACAGAGCUAUGGACAACUGCACCAGCCUCCGGAUGUCGCCCGUGAAAGGGAUGCCAGAGAAAGGCGACCUGGAUGAACUUGGGGAUAAGUGUGACAGCAAUGUAUCCAGUAGUAAAAAGCGAAGACACCGAACAACCUUCACCAGCCUGCAGCUAGAGGAGCUGGAGAAGGUCUUUCAGAAAACCCACUACCCGGAUGUGUAUGUCAGAGAACAACUCGCACUGCGAACAGAACUCACUGAAGCCAGGGUGCAGGUUUGGUUUCAAAAUCGAAGGGCCAAGUGGAGAAAAAGGGAACGUUAUGGUCAAAUACAGCAAGCUAAAAGCCAUUUUGCUGCCACCUAUGAUAUCUCAGUUUUGCCAAGGACUGACAGCUACCCACAGAUUCAGAACAAUUUGUGGGCAGGAAAUGCAAGUGGUGGUUCUGUGGUUACGUCAUGCAUGUUACCACGUGACACGUCUUCCUGCAUGACGCCUUACUCUCACUCGCCUCGGACAGAUUCCAGUUACACAGGGUUUUCAAACCACCAGAAUCAGUUCAGCCACAUGCCCCUCAACAACUUCUUCACUGACUCUCUUCUUACUGGGGCUACCAAUGGACAUGCAUUUGAAACAAAGCCAGAGUUUGAAAGGAGGUCUUCUAGUAUCGCAGUUCUUCGAAUGAAAGCCAAAGAGCACACUGCCAAUAUUUCAUGGGCCAUGUAACAUACAGUACUCUUUUAUUUUUUUUCAUAGCAAAGUAAAUCGUUCUUAUUUCUCAUAUUUAAAGGAUACCACAAUAAGCUGCUGUGUGUGGAUUUGCUAAAGGUCAGGAUAUACAGUGAGACCGGCUUAUAUGAAUAGUUGUUAUUAUUUAACAUUAAAAUCUAAGAAUGAAACUCUGAAGAAACUAAAUAGGUUUACCAUGCACCAGGUUCCAGAAACUCUGUUUUAGUAGUAUGACUUUUUCCUCCCCUAUUGUACCAGUCAAUGAAAUAUGGUCAUGCAACUUCUUAAAAGAAUAAAUGUAUUAAACAAAUUCCUCUGUUCUAGAUUGAUUUAUGUUAGUUCUGUUUAACAAGAAAUCCCUUGUAAAAUGAUACCUGAUAAAGGAGGAAAUACACUGAGGAAAAUGUCAAGAUACCAAAGCUGUCAGGGAAAUAUUGACCCGGAGUGUUUUGUGGCACUAACUGCCAUUUCUGUUUCUGGCUCCCAGAAGCAAUGAUCAUAUUCCCUGUUGCUGAGAAUUUAUCUUCAAGCCUCAAAGAUUUUUAAAAAAACUUUUAUAUGUUUUAGUGAAUUUCCACUUAGUGAAAGAAGAUCUCUUCUGAAAUGACCAGCAGCAUUUGCGUGAAAUAUCUGGGCAUAGUUUCCUGAAACCACGAGGCUGAAGGCGAUAACUCAAAUAUUCCGGUGUGGUUGAAAUUAUACUCAUGAGGACAGUCUUAAUAAAUACUAUGUUUUAAUGAAAAAGCUGGCAUGAAUGCAUUCAAUGACUUAGUUAAAAUAAACAAGGCAUAUAAAACCAAAAUAAAAGGAAAACAUUACCCAACAUCUAAAACUGAAAUUGUAUUCAUUGACCUGCACCCAUAAAAUACCUAGUAAAUACAAUGAAAGUGACAUUUUCAGUGACAGGCACAUCUAUUUUAAAGUUGUAUUUAUUUUGAGGAACAUACAUGUCCUGAUGUAUGUAUGAGGGUUUAUUUCUUGUAUGAGGGUUUGUUUCUUGACAUAUCAAGCCUUAAGCAGUAUUUGCUACUGUGGUUUUGCAUAAAGAAUUAUGAUGCCUAAAAUUUCUGUUUGGAAUAAAGAGAAGAAAAAUCCAUUGCAUCUGGAAAAUUGCUAACUCCUUUGAUUUACUUCUCCUCCCUUUCCCCUGUCACAUUCCAAACUUUUUCAGAUGAGUGAAAUGUCAGCCUCCUUGAAAGUCUCUUAAGUUCAUAAAGGCAAAGUAAAUUAAUUGAAAUGAAGAUGACUUCCAUGGAGGGGAUCAGAGCAAAGGGCUGCUCUUUGUUCUUUUGGAAUAUUCUUAUGGUUUCCCAGACUUCAGGGAUCUGCUCAAAAGGCCCAAAUGGUUAAAUGACAGGAAUAGAUGAAUUGUGAAAAUUAAAUUUCAGGAAAAUUACUUUUAUCUGUUUUAGUCUCCUCUCAGUGGGAAAAUAUUUACAGCAAUUAGAUAUCAUUUGUAAUAAAAAUUUUAAAUCAAACAGAUGAUGGAGAUGAGUGAUGUCCUAAGUUAACAUUCCCUGACUUGUAAUAACUCUAUUCUUUAUUGCUUUUCUGUUCUUUCUUCUUAGUUUUGCUCCCAAGAAAAAAUUUCUUCAACU